UAUGACUUCCAAGAGUUUAGUUUAACUUUCAGUUUCCUCUUGUAAAGAUGCUGCCGGUUUGGUUGGGACUACUUGGGAUUUCUUGCGCUCAGGCAGCUCAAGUCUACAUGGAGUUCAAUGGCAAUAGAUACUCCUACAACACCGAUGGCGACCGUCUGGACAGGAGUGUCUACACACCCAACUAUGGUUCAGCAGGAUAUGGUCCAAGUAAUUCCCUAGAGCCCUUGGAUUCCUUGCAGUUCGUGCAGCAAGCUUUGAGGAGUAGAUCGAAUACAGUACCUGCAAUGUCGUACAACUCCCAGGAUUAUCAGGCUACUUCAGCACUGAGUGGCGGAUAUAUAACGAAUCCCAGUCCCCAGAAGAGCCAUCGGAACUUUGACUUCACCACCUCGCAAAUGUCUCACUCCCAGCACACCGACGAGUCCGGCAAUGUCCUGGGGAAGUACUCAUACUACGACGAGGCUGGCUACCAUGAGCUGAGCUACAAGGCGGGUGCUGGCAUCGGAUUCGUGGUCAUGGGUGGCAACUUGGCCAAGGAAACCAGUGCCGAGCCACAGACGGAAAUCGGAAACGGAAUCCAAGCAAACGCCUUGACAAACUUCCAAGAGUUGCAUAAAUAUCGCGGCUACACGUAA